ACUAUCAUGUUCACCAUCAGGCACCAUACCGACUCUCGAUUGCAGAGGCGAUGGAACUCAAGCGUCAGCUUGAGAAGCUCCUUCGACUGGGUUUCAUUAAACCCAGUAACUCCCCUUGGGGUGCACCUGUCCUCUUUGCUCGCAAAGCGGACAAAACUCUCCGCCUCUGCAUCGACUACCGCGGCCUUAACCGUUACACAGUUAAGAGCAACUAUCCCAUGCCCCGCGCGGAUGAGCUGUUUGAUCGUCCGACAGACAACCGCUUCUUCACGAAGAUCGAUCUUCGUAGCGGUUAUCACCAGAUCCGCGUUGCUGCAGAGGAUCAGCCGAAGACUGCCUUCCGAUCGCGCUUCGGUCACUACAAGUUCACGGUGAUGCCAUUCGGCCUCACCAAUGCACCCGCCACCUUCCAGACGGCGAUGAACGACAUCUUCAGGGACAUCCUUGAAGAAUACGUUCUCGUAUACCUGGACGACAUCUUGGUCUACAAUCGUACCUUAGAAGACCAUAUCAAACACCUCCACGACGUCCUACAGCGCUUACGCAAGCAUGGCUUUUAUGCCAAGCUUAGUAAGUGCCGCUUUGCCCAGCGCAAAGUGGACUUCCUAGGACACCAUGUGUCUGACCAGGGUCUCCACAUGGACGACGCGAAGAUCACUGCUAUUGCAGAGUCGCCUGUCCCCAUAUCUGCCAAGCAGCUUCGCAGUUUCCUAGGCCUCACCAGCUACUAGAGUAAUUUUAUCCAGGGAUACGCUAGGUAUUCCUACGUCCUUACCUCCACCCUCCUUCGAAAAAACCUACCGUGGUUUUGGACACCCCUCUGCGAGGAUGCCUUCCACGCCCUCAAGAAGGCGGUGACUUGUACGCCGGUUCUUCGCCUCGCAAAUUUUGAUCG